AUGAAUUGUCUCUCAAUAAAUCUGAGGGGGGUGCGGGGCAGUCGGAAGUCGGAUUGGAUUCGGGGCCUCAAAACAAGUUAUGGGAUACACUUUCUUGCGAUUCAGGAAACAAAGCUGCAAGAUUCGGAGUCGUUCCUAUUUAAUCAGUUCUGGGGCAGAUCUGAGUACAAAUUAGCUGUGGUAAACUCACAAGGCAGAUCAGGCGGUCUGGCGUGUUUAUGGUGCCCAUCGGUAUUCAGGUGCGUAGAUAUAAUUCACAACAGAUCUUUCAUUGUGGUUUCGGGCUUCUUAUUACCAUCGGGUUGUAGAAUUAAUUUCAUGAAUGUGGCUCCUAAUGAGGCUGUUAAUAGGCGAGCAGUUUGGACGGAAAUUUUGGGUGUUAAAAACUCAUUACAAGGUUUGUGGGUCAUGAUGGGUGACUUUAACGAGGUACGAAAUGCUGGUGAACGAAUGAAUUCUGAGUUUAUAGAGGCAAAUGCUGAUGCAUUUAACCAGUUCAUUCUAUCGGCUGGCCUGGUAGAAUAUAAUAUGGGAGGGGGUAAUUUCACUUACAUAUCAGACAAUGGUAAAAAGCUAAGUAAAUUGGAUCGUUUCUUGGUAUGCUUGGGUUUUAGGGAACAGUGGCCUAAUGCAUCAGUUCUUGCAUUAGAUAGGGUGGCAUCCGACCAUCGGCCCAUUGUCCUAUCCACUGUUCAAACAGAUUUCGGACACAUCCCCUUUAGAUUUUUUAAUUCUUGGUUCGAAUAUCCUGGUUUUGUAAGUUAUGUACUUCAGAUGUGUGAUGCGUUUGUGUUUUCGGGUCCUGAAGAUCUUGCUCUUGCAAUUAAAUUACGGUGGCUAAAAAAUAAAAUCAAAUCAUGGCUAAAGGUGGAAAAAGAAAGUCGGGAGGGUAUUUAUGGUAGUAAAAAGAGGAGGUUGGUCAGUAUUGAAUUGUUGGCGAAACAAAGGAUGCUAUUGGAAGAAGAAUUGGCUGAAAGGGCUGAGUGCAUAAAUUAUGUGGUAGAGUUUGACAGAAUAAAGCAACUCGAUUUAAGGCAAAAAUCCAGAUCCAAGUGGGCCAUUGAAGGUGAUGAAAAUUCGGCUUAUUUCCAUCAUGUUAUCAAUGCGAAUAUUAGUACAAAUAGAUUGAAUGGGUUGAUGAUUAAUGGGGAUUGGGUUACGAACCCUGUGGUUAUUAAGUGUCCUUGUUAG